AAUUUAACACGUGUCCUUCCUGUUGAUAGAUCCCUUUCCGUGUUAUCGUACCCCCUUUCAGCUAAACAUCUGGAUGUCCUUGUUUUUAGAAAGGAUUGGCGGCUUCGGUUUUAAGGCUUGAGAAGAAACCGUGCGGGCUUCCUCUGCUGGUCAGUGAAGUGCUGCUCGGCGAUGACGCGGGAUCUCUGAGCUCCCUGCUGGUCUUCACACUGCUAGUUUUCAGACUUCAGACUGCUGGUCUUCAGACUUCAGACUGCUGGUCUGAGGGUGUCUCACUGUCCUGUCCAGAGACAUGUCCAAAAACAAGAGCUCCGCCAAAACCCUCCUCAUCGUAGAUGGGGACGACGAGGUCCAGGAGGCUGAGCUCAACCCCUUCUCUUUCAGAGAGUUCGUCCGCCACCAUGGACCCGCGCCGGGCUCCGAGGAGACGAGCGGCUCCUACAGGAGGAAGGUGCAUGACACCACCAGCAGCCAGAGCAGAACGCCCACCUUUGCCCCGGCGAUGGAAAGCAGUUUCUUCUGGGAGCCCCUUCGCAGUGUGCUGAGGGCCCAGGAGGAUGAGGAGGGAGGGGCAGAGUCUGGACUGGCUGCUGCUGAGGAAGAGGAAGAGGGGGACAGGAGCUCCUCUCUCUGGCUUCCAGACGAAGACCAAGAAGAAGAAGAAGAAGCUAAGGAGAUAAGCAGGACUGGAGGAAGAGGAGGGGAAGAUUAUGAAGGAGAUGAUGAAACUACCAUAUUGGAGACGCCAAACUCUCUCAGCAGAAAGAGUUCAAUGCAGCAGCUCCAAGAAGAGAACAUGGUUCUGAGGAGGAGCGUCAGCGAUCUCCACAAGUCGUCCAGCGCCUAUAAAGAAAGGAUCCAGCAGCUGUCGGAGGAGCUAAUCCGCCGAGGGCACGAGGAGGAGAAGGAGGCGCAGGCCCUGGAGAGCAUGGUCCACUCGGUGGAGCAGAACCUCCAGCUCAUGACCAAGCGAGCUGUGAAGGCAGAGAGCGGCGUUUCCAAACUAAAGCAGGAGCUGCAGCAGCUCCAGGGUCACAUGGAGAUCAUUAAAUUAGAAAAUGAACGCCUUCUAGCAGAGCAGCUUGAAACCAUGAAAACCAUGAAACAAAAUGCUCGGACGGCUGCAGAUUACCUCGGCAAGACUGCCAUCCAAGCUCGCUGUUCUAUCAAACAGCUGUUGGGAGAAGCAGAGAAUCUGCAUUUAGUGUCACAGCUGCUGCAGUCAAUCGACAAGAUCUCAACGCACACCUCUGACAUCCACUAGUGCAGUGUUUCCCAAACUUCUUUCUGGGGAUGGUUUCUAAUUUUUUACAAACCAUUUUUUUUACAAACCAUCGCGACCAAUCUAAAAAAUAGUACAGCACUUUCAAAAACAUGCUUCUUGUUUUAAAUGCUCAUGCCAAGUGUGUUUAAGGGCAGCUAUUUUUAGCAAACAGUCAAUCGAUUCGAACAAUCAACAUUAAGAAAAUAAAAAGUAAAAAAAAAUUUUAUCUUACAUUUAUUUGGCGACCCAAUUAAAUCAUGUGGGUCGCGACCCAGUCUUUGGGAAAGACUGCACUAGUGCCAUCUGGCCAUAUCCACUCAAGCCUUCUCACAUCUACUCGUCUGGUCUGAUCAUCUACACGGAGACCUCCUGAACUAACUGGACUUCUUGUGAAUUGUUAUUUUUUCUGUUCCUUGGCUCUAAAAAUACCAUCAGCUGAGACUAUUUAUUUCUUCUUGAAAGCCAGAUCAUAAUUUGCCUUUUAAACAAUUUGAAAUGCUAAAUAUAAGACAGAGCAUCUAAAUAGCUAGAUAUUUAAUUUUUCUUAUACUGUAUUUUUUUAUUGACAUGAAUUCUAAAUAGUAUAUCACAGAUAUUGAAUACUGCAGAUAGCAUAAUUAAUGCAAUGACACUUUUAUAUAACAUUGUUCUAGAGGCCUUGGUUAAGCAUUUUCUUGUGAACUAUUAAUCCCCCCAUGUGCUAUGUUUGAUAACAAUUUCUUUGUGAUAGAAGUUUGUAAUGUAGACGAAGAGGCCAAAUUAACGCAGCUUCUCAGAAGGCCAAGUCAUUUCUGUCAUGCUGUUCAGUUUGCAAAUGGGUUUGAUUCCGUGUGUUUGAGUUGAUGCAUUAUCUGCACCCAAAGUGUCACGAAAUAUCCCUGGCCAUAGUACUCUACCAUAGCCCUUCAAAGUGAUUGAAGCACUAAAAAGUCAAAGAAUGCGAUGGGGGGGAAAUAUUGACACACUUGAACUUCCAAAACCAGUGCUGGAACCACGCUGUGAUUAUUAGGAUGGCAGGAUGGACUAAAUCAGGCUAAACAAAAGUCAGCACUAUACUAUAUAUUUUACUAUAUAUAUUUGACAACGGGAUAGAGGGAGAUACAACUGUUGAAUAGACCUCUCCUUUUUGUACAAUUAUAGUAUAAGUAUUUUUAUUGAACCCUUAAUAAAUCAGCUCUGGGACUGA